AUGCGAAAUUUAUUACUACAGGGAUUAUGUUUCCUCCUACUCCUUUUAUCUAAAACCAAUGCUAGUCAUGAAUAUGAUACGAAUUCAAUACUAGACGCAUACGCAGAUUCAUACUGUCAAGUUGUGAAUUCCAAAUUUCUUAUGAUUGAACUUGAAACGUACGUGAAUCCCCAGAAUGCGGAAGAAACAACUAAACUGGAAAUCCUGAGACUCGAACACUUAUAUCAAAGUAAAUGGGCGAAGGAAUUUCUCGAAUCAAUAGGUGCCAAAGAUAAGAAGCUCAUGAAUCUUUAUAACGAUGAAUACAGGAAGGCAUUGGAAGACGAUACUGCUUUCCAGCACAACAUUUUUGCUCAUAGAUCGUUAUACAAUCGUAUGAAAAGGUAUAUUUCGAAUAAAUGGGAAAAUCGAAAAAAGCUCGAUAUCGCAGAAGGAAAAUUUUUCACGGAGACGUCAGACAAUUUGAGAAAAUACAGAGCUAAACUUAAAGCGCUGGAAUCCGCAGCGGUCAUCGCAUCUAAUGCAUACCGAAAAACGUCAACUUAUUUGCGAGGUGUGGGGAUGGGAAUAUCCACAAAUGACACAUUGAAUGAGGCUGAAAUCACAGAAGCCUAUGAGAAGGCUCGUUCUGAGUUUUCCGACGGCACAGAGGAACUAGGCGACAAAAUAAAACUACUGGAAAUGAAGAGGUUUCAAUUUUUGAAGUCUGAUUGCAAUUAUUCUCUCUGGGAUAUUCUUGGCUAUCGCUGUACUGAUAGUGUUAUAUCUCACUGGACAAGGUAUAAAGCGUUGCAACAAUGUGACAGCCAAGACUCUUCUACCAAGUUGGUUAGCCCUUAUUACUUGGGCGGCAACUGUUUAUUUGUUCAUGUGCAUAUCUGUGAUGUUUAUUGA